AUGACUUCGGAGGAGGUAUGGGUGGGCUCCUGGCGGCCCCAUCACCCUCGGGGGCCCAUCAUGGCCCUCUACACCAGCCCGGGCCCCAAGUACAUGAUCCCAGGAACCACAGGUUUCGUGAAGCACACCCCGACCAAGCUGAGGGCCCCGGCCUACAGCUUCCGUGGGGCCCCCAUGGUCCUGGCAGAGAACUACUCCCCGGGGCCCCGCUACAGCGUGAACCCCAAGAUGCUCCGGACGGGCAAAGACAUGGGUCCUGCCUACUCCAUCCUGGGGCGCUACCAGACCAAGACCAUCACGACCCCCGGCCCUGGACAAUACUGUCCAGAGAAAUCCAUCAAGUACAUAUUCAACUCGUCGCCCAGCCACUCCAUCUCUGCCAGGACCAAAUCCUUCCGUGUGGACAGCACCCCAGGUCCAGCAGCGUACAUGCUGCCGAUGGUGAUGGGGCCACACACUGUGGGCAAAGUAUCGCAGCCCUCCUUCUCCAUCAAGGGCCGGAGCAAGCUGGGCAGCUUCAGCAACGACCUUCAUAAGACCCCGGGCCCUGCUGCCUACCGACAGACAGAUAUCCAAGUGGUCAAGUACAAGGCCCCGCAGUAUACCAUGGCUGCCCGAAUCGAGGCAGUGACAGACAAGACCGUGAAGCCGGGCCCGGGCGCGCACAGCCCAGAAAAGGUGCUGAUGAACAAGCCCAGCGCCCCCCUGCUCAGUUUUGGAAUCAGGCAUUCGGACUACAUGACCCCCCUGAUCCUGGAUUUGGAGUAG